CAGUGUUUCACACUCGUACUCUUACAGUCAGACACAACUCGCAAGAGUUUAUUGCAAUGCCUCGUAUACUAGUAUAGCUGGAGCAAGGUGUUGUGGUAGAAAAAGUCAGAGCAACCCAUUUGUGACACUCUCUGCUUGCUGCACCCCAGGCCUGUACUGGAUAUAGCUGGGGAAAACCACGGUACUCGUAGAUGGAGAACGUAUCUGACUUGAGAGUAUCAGAGCUGGCCAGUUCUCGAUACGUGAGGCCAUACCGUCUUCAUUUCGAACGGGAUGGACAUUCAUUAAGCUGGGACUACAUUCUCAGCCAUGACAGUCUUGCUGUACUACUGCUGAAUACGUCACGCGAUGUCUUUAUCUUUGUAAAGCAAUUUAGACCAGCUGUGCUCAUGCAUCUUGUCCACCAGCACAUUGCUAACGACGGCAGCAGCAGCAGCACAGCAUCAACUGUAGCAUCAGGUCUCACUGACCAGACUGCCGGAGAUGGUCCCGCUGAAACUCCCGCUGGCAAUGGUGUUCAGCAGGCACGUGCGCCGGCUGGCCAGCUUCACUUUCCGCAAUCUCCCGUCGACCCUGCGCGUGCCUGCUGCUACGAGCUGUGCGCUGGCUUGAUCGACAAGAGCGGCAAGUCGCUACCGGAGAUAGCGCGCGAAGAGGUGCUGGAGGAGUGUGGCUAUGACGUGCCACUGUCGCGAGUCCACCGUGUCACCUCGUACCAGAGUAACGUGGGCGUGGGCGGCUCGCGCCAGGUUCUGUUCUUUGCCGAGGUUACAGAUGAGAUGAAAACUGGGAAAGGUGGCGGUCUGGAAAGCGAGGGAGAGCUCAUCGAAGUUAUCGAAGUACCCCGUGAUCAUGUCAUGGAGUUCAUCAUGGACGAAUCCAAGCCGAAGGCAACCUCCGUUUUGUUUGCAGUAUCGUUGUUUCUGAGUAGCCCAGGGUUCUUCAGAGGAGACUAGAUUGUACCGACCAUUUGUACUAGCCAGCGAAGUUACUUGGCCCACUGCGUAAUUAUGUACGUAACACAGAGUGUACUGCGAUCAUGUGCACCGUGUUGGAGUUGAGAAUUUCAGCAGUCCUCAUC